AUGCAGGUCCUGGUAGAGUUCCUGGAGUUGGACAAACACCCGUAUCAGCGGGAGCUUGACGAGAUGCGAAGGCAGCAGCGGCGACGAAAACAGGUUCAGCAGCAGCGCGAGGACGAUGCCAUCGCAUCUCUGGAGGAGGCAGCAGGGCCUGAGGCGGCCGAAUCCAAAGAUUCCGCGGCUCCAUCUGCUACGUAG